AUGAAUAAUCCGGCGGCCGGAGAUGCUCCGUCACAUUCGAACAAAUUGAAAACGACGUUUUCGCCGCCCCAACGACAGUUUCCUAUUGAGGAACUUUUCUUCACUCGUCGCAUUUCUUCAAUUUUAACUCGAUACUUCAUCUGUUUGUACUUUGUGAUAGGUUUGCGUUCAUUCUCUUUUAUAAAGCUCUCAUUAGUUAUAACAAGGCCCGUUUUGGGAAAUUCUGAAAGAGGAAUCAACAAGAGUAAAAGCGUUGAAGGGGCUCUCAAAUGCAUUUGGAUACGCUUGUUUAAGGCGGCCGAUCCUAUUACGGUAGUUUAGAUAAGUUUUUCGGUAAGGAAAUAAAAUUUUUUUUUGACUCAUCUUAUCUUGUAACCCCGAGAAAUAGGUCCUUAACAAAUCGCAAAAAACAUACCAUUAAAAAAACUUCCUAGCUUCGAACGGACGGCGCAAUGUUGACCGGCCGCCGUAACACUCAUGCGUGUGGACGGAGUAAUCUAGAAAUAUUCGCUUUCUUGAGUUUUUGAGGGGGAAAACGACAUUGUAUCCGAUAACCUACAAAAAGUUGGUCUAUGCAACUUUGAAAACUUUAGAAAGCUUUUUUUAAAAAUUUUCCAGCCAUGCAUAAUGGUCUAGAUUUUGUAUGUCAAUAAAGGCAAACGUCUUUUUGAGAGUUAUAAAAAAUAUUGAAAAUAAACCACGUUAAUUAUCUUCAGGUGUUCCGGUGUUUUUGGUGAGAUGUUUCAUCGGGGCUCACGCAUUCUUGAUAGCCUGUCUUCUGCGGAAAACGACGGCGAUUCGGAGCGUCGUCAUGCGCAUCAUGUGCCUUGUUCUGGGCAUCGUCGUCGUCAAGCGCGGCACUCGGUUUUCAAUUCUUUCUUCUUUCAAAUAUGUAAUAGAGUCUCACUGUGUUUACAAACGUUGUUUCCUGAAUUACUGUCGAUUUUUUCUCUGCAAAUUAAAAUUUUAAAAAGUGAUCUUAGUGAAAUUUACGGGAAACUUCUCGAAAUUUUUAAAAAAAUUUGUCGAAUUGAAAAAAAUGAUUUGGAGUAAAUUUACGAUCCUGAACGUUUUCUUAUGAGCUUGCGAUUUUGUUGAAAUAACAAGUUCAAGAAUAAAAUAUCAAUUUAUGGUUUUUCUUAAAACUGUGAAACUGUUUGCUAUAACUGCACUAGGUGAACGUUUAUGUGAAUAAUAUUUUCAAAAAAACUUUUUCGAGUUUUUUUCGGUUUUGAUUGAAUUAAAUUGAAGAGAAGAGUCUGCCCGAGUUUUGGCGGCCAACCACGUCUCCGUUCUCGAUCACAUGGCCAUCGAUCUCAUGUCUCCGUGUUUUUUUGCCCUCCGUUUGGGAUAUCCCGACCAUCGUUCGCUGGUUUGCCCUUGACCUUUUAUCAAUUUCGGUACAUUCUGAAAAAGAAAUUGACCUUUCUAUUUUGAAAAAAAUACAGAAAUCUGUCAAAAUAAGAGCGUUACAAGCUUAAAAAAUUAAUCUUUUUAGGUGCUUCGGUUAUGUCGAGCUCGGCGCUUCUAGAGGAAGAACAGAACUUGUUAGACAGGUUUUUCAGUGAAAGAUCUGAAAUUGUUGAUAAUAAUGACUCUAGGCCAAAGAAUUGGUUGAGGCCGGACCUAUGCCGUUGCUCGCCUUCCCCGAAGGAGUUAUAACUAGCGGGCAGAAGGCUCUGAUCAAGUUUAAGUGAGUUUUUAGAAAGAAAUUGGUUUGUUUCUACGAUUUUUUCCGUAUAAAUUGGUUAUGCUUCUUUCUAACUUCGCGUUUUCUUCACAGAGAACCUUCUGAAAUGGGAUUUGAAUCAACAAUAAAUCAGGAAAAUGCAAAUAGAAGUAUAUUUCAUUAUAAGUCUUAGACAAUUGUUUAAGAAGGUUGCAUUAUUUUUCAGCAUUGUUUGAAGCUUUCAUCAAGCUGUCCCCUGCUUCAGUUUGAAACUCGAAAAAGUUUUUCGAGUUUUUUAUUGGAACUUUUUCAGUUUCUUUCAAAUUACAAGUUGUCGAUUUCAGUUCGUGAAAAUUUGUACGUUCUCGAUGUCUUUUCGAAUUCACACAUCCAAAUUCAGCCCGUGGGCCUUCGAGGUAGCGGAUCGGGUCCAGCCGGUGGCCGUUCGAGUCUGGAGACCUGCGUUGUGGGCCGUCGCGCCGGCACACAUCGCCUCGACGUGGUGGAGCGACGUCUUCUUCUUUUUCGCCCUCCCGUUCACCGUCAUCAACAUCACUUUCCUUCCUUCGCUGCAGAAGAACCAAGAGGUUAGUAUUUCGAAGUACUUUUGGAUCUUUUAUAAAAUCUCUGAAGUCAUACUUAAUUUCUUUUUUCUAGGUUUGAAAAAGAAACGCUUAUUUUAACUUUGUUGGCCGGUCAAUUGUUCAUUUUUCCAAGCAGUGUUUUUAAUAUUGGAAGCUAAAGCUUUAGCAAAAAAUUUUUUUAAAAAUUGUCUUUUCAUUUUUUUUUGUUUUUUCUUAGUAUCUGAUCAUCAUAAUUUUCAGGAAACGAGCGAAGAUUUUGCUCAGCGUGUUUCGAAGGAGAUCGGAGACGAACUGCAACUGGCAGUUUGCCAGUACGACACCCACGAUGCCGCAGAAGCCGCGAAGCGAUGGCGCGACGCUCGCGAAGUUCGGAGAGCGGCCGCCGUCGCCGCGAGCAGCGCCUCGACUAGGGUCCGUCUCUUCAGAAGAGCUCUCUGUGACGAUUUCAGAUGUAGGAAAGAGCGGCGGCGCGGAUUUCGGACCCAAAAGGCCUCGACGACGCCGCGAUGCGCAUCAAACAGUCGUUUCCUGCCUAUCACGUCGCUGUUAUACGGAGAGAUUUGGACAAAACCCGCAGUCAAGGGGUUUUCUUCUUUGUUUUUGGGGGAAUCAUCUUUUUUUUUUUGCAGGUUACUGUAGCCAAUAUAAAAGCUGGAAAGUUACCGAAAGACGAAGGUCAUUCAAGCGGAAAGGUUCGAAUUUGGAAUAUUUCAAAAAAGCUCUCUUUAUUGCUUUCUAUUUCUAUAAACGUUUACUUGAUACAGGAAUCCUCAUUUUUCAAGAAGGUAAUUUUAAGUAAAAAAAAAUAAAGCUGAAUAUACGCAAAUUAAUGAAAACCAACUUAGUAAAUAUUUUGUCGCCAAUUUUUUUCAAAAUUCUGGCGAAGUUGCAAACUUUUAGCGUCGUGGUGAACAUUAUGCUAAAAAUUUUUUUAUUCGGUGAAUCUAUUUUUAUGAAAGGAAGAAUGAGAAGGAUUAUACAAAAAAAUUUAAAAAAGGAAAAAAGCAAUUAACGAUAUACGUUCACGUUUCUUCUUUUUGAGCUUUUAAGAUUUUAUUCAUUAGAUCUCCUAUCCACAUAUUUUCCAAGUUAAGUUUUGUUUCGCACAUUGAUUUAUAUUAUUUCGAAGCGGAAUAAAAACCUUUGCGGAAUGAUGUUUUUGAAAGAAAAAAUUUUCUCAAAAUCCUGAAUUUGAUUUAUUCGUUUAUAGGUUUCGAUGGACGCUUCGUCUUGGAAGAAAGUUUAUGACGAUAGAAAAUGGAAUAUGAUUGAGACGAACCGCGCGAAAUAUCUCAAUCGUCUCAUUUCAUGA